AUGGACGUACCGCUGGCCGAGGAUCGCGAGUUCGCAAUGUUGGACUCAGCCCAGAUCAAUACCCUCAACGCAGUCGAGCGCAUGGGCGCCACGCUUUCUCUGUUUGGGAUCAUUCUAAUCUUCAUCACAUUUGCUGUCUUUAGGAGACUACGGACAAUUCCCAAUACCUUCAUAUUCUUUGCCUCUGUCGCAAACAUAGGCGCCUGCGUCGCCUGCUUGAUUGCGUUCAUGCAGUCUGACCCCUGGUGGUCGUUUGCCAUGGCCAUCAAUGUUUAUAUGGUCUUCUUCAUGUCGUUCAAUCCCACGACGUUCCGCCAGUAUUUGUGGCUCUACUGUGUGAUAUGUUUUGGACUCCCGGCAAUCCCAUCCUUUGUCUUCCUCUUUCUUCGCGAGAAAAGGGGUUUGGUGUAUGGGGACGCAGCGUUGUGGUGCUGGAUCAGCUCUGACUGGAAUGCACUCCGGAUUUAUUCCUACUACCUCCCAAUAUGGGUUUGCACAGUCUUGUCUGCCGUCAUCUACUUCGCUGUUGGGUAUCAUGUCUUCCACCAGCGGAAUCAGUUGCGCAAUCUCUCCCUGAGCAACCAGGCCAAAGAUGUCGAAAUGGAUGUUGAGGUAACGUGUGACUCCUCUGAUGUAAGGGAUUCGGCGGAAAAGAAUCUGACAUCUCACGCCGGACCGGGCUUCUACGGCACCGUCACUACCGAAGUCCAGGUCACCACCGAUGUCAUCUCGCCCUCUGUGACGCUAGUCAAUAGUAAUGAUUCCAGCGCCUUGGGGUAUUCCAAGACCCGCGGCCAGGGGCGCAACUUCGAGAACGUAAGCUUCAACGGCACGCAGUUCACCUCAACCAUAUCCGCCGGCUCGGCAUCGAAAGAUGACUACGACCGCGACCACUCCCCGAUACGGGCCCUACCGCCGCUCUCCGCCAACGUCAGCCCCUGCAGCGGGGCCAGGCGCAGACCGCACAUGUCAGCACCCGUCGUGAAGAUACGGAGGCGGCUGAACUUCUUCCAGCGCACGGCACGGGGCGUGCGGCGCUUCGGCGCCAAGCUGCGCAACAUGGAUCCGGUGAAGCUCGCGUACCUGCGGACGUCGUUCGUAUUCGCCAUCUCGGUGCUGGUGACGUGGACCCCGUCGUCCAUCAACAGGGUCUACACGCUCGUGUACCCAGACCAGGCGUCAUACGGGCUCAACAUCGCCGCGGCCGUGGUCCUCCCGCUGCAGGGCGUCUGGAACGCCGUCAUAUACUUCACGACGUCGUGGAAGAUCUUCCGCGAGGAGAUGGAGGCCACAAGGGUCGGGCUGCGCAUGCUCGAGUUCCUGCACCUGGACAGCGGCCCCGACAGGACCCGACAGGGCAGCGGUGCCGCGGGCGGCAGCUUUGCCCUCGGGUCGAGUGUUAUGACGCCGCGGAGCGAGAUGGGCAGGAGGCGCAGACUCGAUGGCGAGAGCCAGGACGGGAACGAGAUGGAGCUUGUUACUACCGCCGGCGCUGGGCCGCAGAGGCCGAGACCAGCACAGCGGACUAGCACAAUGAGGGUGACGAGAAGAGGGUUGGACGACUUCUCUUGA